AUGGGACUUGAGGAUUUGAUUGUAAGGCUAAGGAUCGAAGAGGACAAUCGCCGUGCUGACAAAAAGUCUAGAUCCAUAAUGGAAGCUAAGGCUAACAUAGUGGAAAAAGGUUCAAGAAAUAACAAGAAGAGGAAGUGCUCUAGAGAAGGCUCAAGUCAAGGGAACUCCAGGAAGUCCAAGGAGUUUAAGGGAAAGUGUUUCAAUUGCAACAAGCAAGGCCAUCGAGCUAUGGAUUGA